AUGGAAGUAAGUCCAAUAUCAUUGAGUAAGAAGAAGAAAAAGACUGCAGAUGCCAGUGAUUCUGUUGGUCAUUCUGAAGUUCACAUUGACGCAGUUACGGGUACUGGGGACAAUGCGCAAGAGCCAAGUAGUAAUGUUGACCAGCUAUCAAGUGCCCCAAACAAAGUAGAAUACACCGACGAAUUGAAUAAAUUGGGUAGUCCAAACAGUGGUGAUGUCCAAAAAGUUGGUUUUGAAAAAGAUUCUGAAGCAGAAAGUAAGAAUUAUGCUUUGUCUUUUGAGACUGAUGUAAAUCAAGCAAAAUCGGUACAAACCAACGAAAGCGACGACGAUCUGAACGAUACCGCAUCAGUAGGCAAUGAUGAUUUGGUGGAGCGUGAAGAUGUCUCCUCAGUAGAUAUUGUUGACAAUAACAAUGAUAAAGGAGAAGAAGAAAAUCAUGAAGAAGAACACGAAGAAGAUGACGAUGAUUAUGAUCCCGAGAGUUUAGAUGAUUUGGUGACGGCAAAAUCCAAAUCUGUGACACCAAUAGUAAAAACUGUAAGGUUCAAGGAGGGCCGAGAAGAAAUCGAGCCUAGCCCCAAUGGUAGUGAAGAAGAUAUCAGAUUAGGCAAUGAUGAUAAUGAUGAAGAUGAAGAAGAUGAUGAUGAUCAUAGUAAUGAAGAUAAAUACGAGGGUGGCAAAGGCAAUAAAUCGAUAUUGUCAUCAUCGCCAGAAAUUGUAGCCUCGUCAAACGCACCACCCUCUUCUUCAGAGCAAAGUGGACAGAGUAGAGAGAUGCAAAUGAUUAAGGACUUGUAUGAUACUGUACUUUUGGCCGAAACUGAGAAAAACCCCAACUUUGGUAGUUUGUCACCAUUUGAGCAGUCACAAAUUCUUCUGAAGGAAAUGGAGAUUAAGUGUGCAGAACUCCAGGAUUCUUUUAACAACUACGAUCAAGUAUACUCUUACAAUAAACCAUCAAGCAACAUAAGAAAUUCCAUUCCACUAAUACCAGUUAAUGAAUUUUGCCGUCGUCCUAACAUAACAAUCUCACCAACUAGAGAAGAAGAAUCAGAAUACAAGGAAUUCAUUGAACGUGAAAACCGUUUUACAAGAUUGCAAGACUGGGACGACUAUCCUGACAAACUGAGACUAUUUGUAGGUAAUUUACCGGCAAACACCAUUUCCAAGCGAGAUUUGUUUCGUAUAUUCAACAAGUAUGGCGAGGUUGAGCAAGUGCUUAUCAAAGGUGGUUAUGGGUUUGUACAAUUCAAGACCGCUGAUGCUUGCGCCGACUGUGUUAAAGGCGAGAGUAAUGUUCCAUUACAUAAUAAAUACUUGAGAUUUGAUCCGUCAAAGCCGUUAAAACCCAAGGCAGCCAGUCACAGAGAUGCAAAUAACGCCUCUAUAGCUUUAGACGGAAGAGGGCGUGAAAGAGAAGCACAACAACAACAACAACAACAACAACAACAACAACAGCACGAGAAUGAAAAAGAUAGUACAGCCCAGAAAGUAGAUGACCCGGAAAAAGGAGACAUAGAAGAAGAAGAAGAAGAAGAAGAAGAUGAAGAUGAUGAAACAAGCACUCGAAAAAAACAGAAAUUAAAUCGUGAUUGUAUUAUCGUGAUAACUGAUAAAUCAUCAAUUUCUUUUGUUCGCAGAGUGCAAAAGGCUAUUGCCAAUGCUCGUGUUACAUUCGAUCUAGAAGAUGUGGCACAACAGGAUCUAAGCGACGUUUUGAGCGAGGCAGCAUACUCAGGUGUUCUUGGUGUAUGUGUUGUGAAGGAGAAUAAGGUGGAUGUACAGACGUACGAGGAAAACGACGAAGGCGAAAUCAAAUUUGACGAAUAUGCUGAUAUCGAGCCUGAGGAGGCUAGUGAAGUAUUGAAAGCUGCAAAACAUCAGCAAUAUGGCGACAAUCUACCAGCAUACGAAUUUGCCGAUUCUAAACAGCUAAAUACUGCUCAGAAAGAUCGAAAUGAGAAUCAGCGCAACAAUCAAGCUCAUUUUGGUCGUAAAAACCAAAUGGACAGACAACAGAAGCACAGUCGUGGCGAUCGAAACCAUGAUAGUGGUUUUAAACAGAAUCAUAAUCAAGAUUGGAAGCAAAACCACGACCAAUUUCUGCAAUACUCAAACCCGCAGCAACAAUAUCCUCUGUUUUCUAGUGUUCCAAGUGUUUCAGGUGUUGCUGUUGGUCCAAACUCAAUGUAUGCUUCAUCUGUAUCUGCCAUGCCUGCCCAGAAUAUGCAGCCCCUGCUGGCUUUCCAAUUUGGCUCACCACAGAUAGCGCCAUCUUUUAAUCAGUUUGGAUCACAGCCUCAUACUCAACCUGACUCGAAUAACUUGAUGCAGAUGUUGCAAGGACUAAAUCCAAGUCAAGUUCAAAGUAUGAUUAGCAUCUUGCAACAACAAAAUCCGCAAGAGACUACUUCGUUCAUUGCUCCUCAACAGCAACCAGCGCAACCACAAACAUAUAGUCAGCCUAUAACACAAUCGGCUCAUCGACCAAUGCAACCAAUGCAACCUAUGCAACCACAACCACAGCCAUAUAGCCAGUCUACAACGCAACCAGUGCAAUUACAACCUUAUGGUCAGUCUCCGCCACAACCUCAACCUUAUGGACAAGUUCCAAAGAUAAAUUACAAUGAGGGUGGCCAUAUUGGACGUCGGGGCGAUAGUAGAGGAGGACGGAGACCGUCUGGACCCAAGCGCCAAAACCAUCGUCGUAACAACUAUGGUGGAACCUUAAAUGGGCAACUACCAUACGGAAAUGUACCACCACCCAGCUAUGGAGGAAUAGGAGGAAGUAACAGUGCCGGAUACCAACAUCCCCGGAAACAACAGGAGGAGUUUCUAAAGCAGCAAAAACAAAAACAAAAUCAGCAGCAACAACAACAACUACAACAGCAACAACAGUCACCUCAAGAUCAAGCAAAUGCUUUACUUUCUCACCUACAACAGGGGUUGAACCCAUACUCACAACAGUAA